AAUGGGAGCACGGCUCAAGACGACACCUGCUUAUAUACAUAGGGUAAAAUGCAAAGCCUACAUCACUAAUCUCUGUGAACAUACAGCAGGCCAGAUAACAGAUAAACAGUCUGACAAGGAUGACUUCCAGUAAAAUUGAACUUCCUGGGGAAGUGAAGACAGACCCUGCAGCGCUGAUCGCGUCCCUUCAGCUGCUCCCUUCUCCAGCUCCCAACCUGGAAAUCAAGUACACCAAGAUCUUCAUAAAUAAUGAAUGGCAGAAUUCUGUUAGUGGGAAAGCAUUUCCAGUAUACAAUCCUGCAACUGGAGAGCUGAUUUGUGAAGUCCAAGAAGCUGAAAAGGCAGAUACUGACAAAGCUGUCCGUGCAGCUCGGUUGGCUUUUUCACUUGGUUCAGUCUGGAGGCAAAUGGAUGCUUCUGAAAGGGGAAGACUUCUGGACAAAUUAGCAGAUUUAGUAGAACGAGAUCGAACAUUUCUAGCUACAAUCGAAUCACUAAAUGGUGGGAAACCCUUUCUACAAGCAUAUUACAUAGAUCUCCAGGGAGUCAUUAAAACGCUGAGGUACUUUGCAGGCUGGGCUGACAAAGUCCAUGGAAUAACCAUACCAGUAGAUGGCGAUUAUUUUACAUUCACACGACAUGAACCUAUAGGAGUGUGUGGACAGAUCAUUCCUUGGAACUUCCCCUUGUUAAUGUUUGCAUGGAAGAUUGCACCUGCUCUGAGCUGUGGGAACACUGUGGUCAUCAAGCCAGCAGAAGAAACUCCAUUAACAGCCCUUUAUAUGGGAGCACUCAUUAAAGAGGCUGGAUUUCCCCCUGGAGUUGUCAAUAUAUUGCCUGGGUAUGGUCCAACUGCAGGUAUGGCGAUUGCAUCGCACAUGGGCAUUGACAAAAUCGCUUUUACAGGCUCUACUGAGGUUGGGAAGCUGAUCCAAGAAGCAGCUGGAAAAAGUAAUUUGAAAAGAGUAACUUUGGAGCUAGGAGGGAAGAAUCCGAACAUUAUUUUUGCAGAUGCUGACUUAGACUACGCUGUCGAGCAGGCACACCAGGGAGUGUUUUUUAACCAAGGUCAAUGCUGCACAGCAGGCUCACGAGUAUACGUUGAAGAAGCCAUCUAUGACGACUUUGUCAGGAGAAGUAUGGAGCGUGCGAAGAGACGAGUGGUAGGCAGCCCGUUUGACCCCAGCACAGAACAAGGUCCUCAGAUUAACAAAAUACGAUACAGCAGAAUACUAGAGUUUAUCCAGAGUGGUAUCGCAGAAGGUGCUAAGCUAGAAUGUGGAGGAAAAGCACUUGGCAGGAAGGGAUUCUACAUUGAGCCCACUGUAUUUUCAAACGUUUCAGAUGACAUGCGGAUCGCAAAGGAAGAGAUUUUUGGACCAGUACAACAGAUAAUGAAAUUUAAAACAAUGGAAGAAGUCAUUGAAAGAGCCAACAACUCUGAUUUUGGACUGGUCGCAGCAGUUUUUACAAACGACAUAAACAAAGCAUUAACAGUCUCAUCUGCAUUACAGGCUGGAACUGUCUGGAUAAAUUGCUACAAUGCUUUAAAUGCUCAGAGUCCAUUUGGUGGAUUUAAAAUGUCUGGCAAUGGAAGAGAAAUGGGUGAAUACAGCUUGAGGGAGUACACAGAAACCAAGACUGUUACAAUAAAGAUUCCACAGAAGAACUCAUAGAACUGUUUAUAUUGUGUAGUUCAGAAUGUGGUGCAACCGUUUCCCUUUCUGGGACAAGCACUCAGGAAAAUAUAUAUAUUAAGCAGUACGUGUUUAGAUAUUUUAUAUUGCAUUACUGAUGCAACUAGAUUCAUGUGCUUUUAAACCACUUGAUUCCCCUGUGAGUCUUAUAUUUUCUACAGAAUAAUUUUGGAGCAUAGUCUUUAAGAUAUAUUUAUAAUAAUAGCAAUGUCCUCCACUCUGCAUUUUAAAACAAUAUAUAUACUGAGUUUAGUUGGAACAUAUGCACAGAGAGUUUUAAUUGAACAUAUUUUGGGGGAAUACCACUUUGCUUGAAAUUCUACUGAAUCAUAUAGUAAACAAUAAAGGACUUAGAAGUGUGGUUGAAGGACAAUGCACAAUGUGAAAUAUAGCAAAAUGUUAUUGUAGUUUUCUUUUGAAGUGUUUCAGUAUUCUUAUCAUUUCCUUUAUGUGUUUGUUGUAUUAUUUGUCUUUAUAUGUUCUCAGAGUGAUUUGGACAAUAGGUCAGUUUCUACUUUCCAGUCUUUGAACUCUGUUACCAUAGCAGCCUAUGGUGCACAUCACAUCAUAUACAUGGCUUCCCUAUACCUCAUCGAGUGCAAACUGGACAAGGUUCUAGCUGGUUGAGUUCAACUCUCCAAUUUCUGUUUUCCUUUGGAAAUUACUGCUGAUGUGUUUUCUAUGUGCCCCAGCAUUUUAGUAUUUGUUUCCAUAUAUUUCCCUUGUUUUAUAUUGGUGGAAAUAUGGAGUUGUUGUGUAUAUGUAUGUGGGAGACCCUCCCAUGAGGGGAUGCAGGGUGGUUUACCUCAUGAUAAAAGUGCUUAUAUUUAAGAUUUUCAUCCAGUUGAAUUCCCAACUAAUUGUGCUUGAUGAGCUGAUUCCUCACUCAGCUGUAACUCAAAGAGUCAUAGGUGAAGCUAUAUACAUAUUCUGUAAAAGAAACAUGCAGCUAUGCAUUUGUAUACAGCAAUUGUAGAUUUUUUUCUUAAAUGUCCAGUGUUUUGUAGUUCCUGAUUAUGUAUAUACAAUUGUAUGCUAUAAAAUGUAAAAAUAUGAACUAUUUUCCAUGGAGUUUUCCAUUAAAAAAGUUUACAGAAACAAA